AUGACUGAUAUUCAAUAAACAACUGAAAUAAGAUUAACAACCUAAUCUCCAAAUAGAAGUUACAAUCCUAUGAAUACAUCAAUAUAAUUCAUUCCAGAUCUAACCCAAGAAAAUCUGACAGAAUAAGUUCCUUAUUCUUAACAAGAAACCAUAAAAAAGGGCAUUCUUAAAACAUUUUACUAUGAGGUACACAAUGUUUUAACUAAUUUAGGAUUUAAAAAGGAAAAAGAUUAUUGGAUGUAAUAUUUACGUGAAUAAAAUGAAUGAAUAAUAAUUGUAAUUAUCUAAACGAGGAAGUAUUGAAAUCAAAUUUUAGUAGGAUAAUGCAGGAUUUGUAUGGCUGAAGAAGAAACUUCUAGAUUCAUAUCUCCUUGUACUUGCAAAGGAACUUUAAUGUUUGUGCAUGAAGAAUGUCUAAAAUUGUGGAUUUUAUAAAAAAAUUGUAUUGAAGAAGUAUUCAAAGAAAAGGUAAUUUCUUUAGUUAAAUUUCAAUAGGUUAAAUGCGAAUUAUGUUCUUAUAGAUUUAGAAUGAGAAUGUAAAUUGUUAAUAGAAUAGAUUUAAAAAGAUUCUCUUAAGUACCAUCUCAUUAGAAGAUAUGCUGGUUAAUUUAUUUACUUUUAAUUAUUGCCCUGAUAAGUGGAUUUGUUGGUACAUACCUAUUUAAUAUAGCUUUAUAUAUGGAAUACUAAUUAUCCAAUAUUGGAGCGGAUGCAGCGAUGACCCUUAUGAUAAUUUUGUCCUUGAUUUUAUUUGUCUAUUUUUUGGCUAGCAUUUUAACUUCUCUUUAAUUAGAAAUGAUUGAAAAUUGGACACUGUGUUCAUAUAGACCUAGAAGAGACACUAAAUAAGGUAGCAUUUUUUAGUUAUAAUCGAAUAUGGGAAAUAGUGUUUCUGGAAGUAAUUCAGCUGAAAGGAGGAGAAUUAAUCAAUUAUAAACCUGCCCACCUCAAAUAGCAAGUUUCUAAGUUAUUUAAAUCAACCCAUUAAUUUCAAGUGUUAAUCUUUCAGGUCAAUGA